AUGUCAAAACGUCGUGACCAUCUACCGCGGCUCAGUAUCGCCCCAAAUCUCAAUAUGCAACAGCCUAUGGGUGGUCCAGCUCUGUUCUCACCUGCCCUGCCAACCAGCCUGCAGCAGAGUUUCCACCCAUCCUUCCCCGCUAACAACCCACUGCAAACUCCUAUGCAGACAUUCUUCAACCCACCCAUCAUGCCAGCCGCCCCCGGUCGCCCUACCCACCGUGCCAACCAGGCUAGCUUUCAACUCGCGGCAGCUGGCAUCCACCCACCCAGCUUUGUGACCCCUGUUGCUACACAUUUUCCCCGGCCAUCCAUGAUGCUUCCUCCAGGCGGCCAGCCUCAAGCACCGUCACAUCCCUUUCCAAACAGGAACAGGCGCCAGCUCAGCGUUGGCGGUCCUCCGAAAGCAGUGUUGGGCGGACCUGUCCGAAAGCUUAGCCCUCUACCGGCUAACGCGGCUGCUCAGGCUCCACCACAGAGGACGAAGAAGGUCAUUGUCAACCUACCGAAGGAAACAAUACUUGGAGAGGACGGAGAGCCUUCGACGCGUCCUUCCUGGGCUCGAUCACCGCUGGACAACCUGUUCGUGUAUGAAAAUACACCGGUUGCUCCGGUCGAAACGACCACUGCGGAAGUUUACCCUCCGGAUAACUGGAGGCUCGAGCUGCCGAGUUCCAUUGACGUUUACCUUCCCGGCAAGGUCGCUUGGGAAGCAAUAAAGCAGAAGGCAAUCGAGGAGAAACUGGAGAAGUUGGGAGUUGAACGUGGUUCAGGAAGUAAUGUUCCUCACAUACAUGCACCCCAUGCUCGGGCAGCAUCGAUAUCAUCCCCUGCGGACCCCGCGUUAUUGUUGUUCAAGUUGAAUAAACUCCAUCAGGCACAAGAAGGCAGCUCAGCGGGCAAUUCUUUGACUGUGUCGCCUCAGCCGCCAUUUGUUGCACCUUUUGGGCUUUCACCUUCCCCCAAUCGCGGUCCCCACUUGACCAACCGCCACGGCCAUACUAUGUCAUUAGCUCAGCUACCUUCUUAUCAAUCUUCGCUCUUCUCCGUAUCACCGACACCAUUUGGUACCUUUGGACCGAAUGGGGCACUGAGCUCUGUCGACAAUGACAUUUCGGAGGCGCCAGGCGAUGCAAUCCACGCUCCACAAGGUCGAGUUCCACUAGCGGCUCCGAAUUUCUUCCCCGCACCUCUAUCGGCAGUAGGAGGCAACAAGAACCAAAUUGAUUUCGCUCGUGGAUUUGGAUUGGAUAUUCCCUUGGAGUCUGAAGAGGAAUCAGAGGUGGAGGCAGUUCAGCCUAUUGAAGAGGAAGCCAUCGAGGAGGAGAACGAGAACGAGGGUGAUGUCACGCAGGAUAUGGAACUGGAGGGGGAGAAAUAUGAUGGCGAGAUUGUAGAGAUCGACGAUGGGACCACAACUGCAUCUCACAGUCGAUUGCAUUCUCGUCAUGUUUCGAAACUCUCAGCAGCGUUAUCUUUGCGGACCGUUGGUGGCAAUUUCCAGAAUCAAUUGCGAGACACCGUAGAGAAUGAUGGGCAAUCACCCCCGGAAGAGCAGCAAGACGAAUCUGAGGAGCAGGAGGUCCAAGAGCAGCAGCAACAGGAGGUUGAUUCAGUUGAGGAGUGGACUGGUUCGGAAGACGUAUAUCUUGGAACAGAAACGUCUGAUGAUGAGAGUAUUGGUGAAUGGUCCAACCCUUCGGACGAAGAAAGAGCUCGCCAGGAACGCGUCGAGCGUCGGAUGCGUAGUAGAACAUCACAACAACAGCAGAUCGACCAACCUCGACGCAUUCCUAACUUUCCCCGCCCUCCUGAUAACACAAACAUAUUCCACUCGCGGAGAGAAGACGACAUUAUCUCGAAUCCAAGUGAAGAGAAUCUUAUCAUGGGCCACCGAGCGGAGUUACUCGGCGUUGCCACUGAAGAAUACUAUCCUGGAGCGUCUACCUUUGGGCCUGCACCCCAUCUUCCUCAUUCCCGAGUAACAUCAGGCCAAUACUCAGCCCACGAUCCUGCUAUGGCGCACUCACGGCAUGGCUCGGACAACUACCACGUUGGUGGUUUCCAUCAGUCGGCCCUUUCAGCUGGUCGGCGAGAGUCUCUUAACCCAUUUGCCAAACCGUUCGUGUUUGGCGCCCCACGAGAGUCGACAUCUGGCUCGUGGCAACACCUUCCGCUAUCAAGUCCUCCAAUGCCAGUACCGAAUGUGUCGACACAUACUCGUCUGCCCUCUUUGGGCAAACCUCUCAAUGUUGCCGCUCCCGAGUUUAAGCCUGGUUCCUUCAACUUCGUUCUUCCAGGCGCACCGCAGAUGCCGCUUGCCCAGAUGCCACAUGUCCCACCAUUCCCUCAACCCCAAGCUGCGGAUGUUCUUGAGUCGGCAGAGUCUACGCCAUUCAAGGUGCAAGGCCGAGAAAAGAGGCAACGUCGCGAUUCGGAUAACUCUGUUGUGGAAGAGGGGGACAGCAUGUCCUCGUUCAGAUUCCCCAUGAAAUCUUCACCUCAAAGUAUCCGUCGCCGUCGUUCAGGAUCUUUUUCUGGCGACAUGCGCCACAAACUCAACCCAUCUGCGCAACCUUUCACGUUCGCUGGGUUCUCUGCUGUUGCAAAUAACAUGCCUUGGGUACCGAAGGAGUCUGACGCCGUGGACAUGCCACAGCCAGAUGUGGACGAGAAUGUGAACGAGUCGGGCACCGCCAAAGCUGACGAUAGCAACGCGCAUGUUGAGGAGAUCAGCCUCCCUUCUGCGACGAAACCCAAACGUGCCCCGAUUCCUCUGGACUUCAAACACCCAGUUUCGAACAAUACCGUUCCUGCUGGUCUGUUCAAGGCGUUGGUUAACAGCGGCGAUGACCGCACAAGGAGAGGUGUCCGCUCUCAUCUAAGCUCACGCGAAAUCUUCGAACAUGUGCACCGUCCCUCUAUGGAUGACUUGGAUGUUGCCCUCAUUUCGCAUGUCCGUCAAGGUUCCCGCAAUAGGCUUGUCACCGACCCCGGUGAGCGGCCAGCUUCGUCUCUUGACGAUGACGUCUUCACCUCCAUUCGCCAUAAUCGCCGCCGGUCCUCAUUACCUGAUGCUCUACAUGACAAGGAAUCAUCGCCCUCGGAGAUGUCUGUUUCUCCUCAGGAUCUUACUACCCACAUGGAACUCCACCGCAUUGAAAGCGUCAUUUCUGAACUCCUCGACGAGAAGCUUGCGCCCCUUCAAGCUGAGUUGUCGAAGAGAGAGCGCAAUGUUGAACCAGCAGUGGGAUCUACGACGGAGUCCAUGAUGGCGGAUAUCAUUUCUCUGUUCCGCGCCCAGCUGCAAGAGUCUGCAACCCGUAGUUUGGAGGAUAGUCAGAUGGAUGCCAGAGGAGAAUUAGAUUUUCAACUUAUCAAGGACGUCGUGGAAGAAAGUCACAAAGACCUCUUGGCGUCUUUCCAACGAGAAGUACACCGUAUCUCCCAACACGUCCUUGGCACGGCUGGGGUCAACAACGUCGGCAAAGAAGUCGUGUCGGUCAUUGAAGGCGUGGGCCAGAACACCGUUAGGGCUGUCGUCGAAGCCAUCUCCGAACUCUCUGCUCGUCAAGAAGCUGUGGCUCUCAACGCUCCUGCUCGUGAACGGGAUCUGAUUGUCGACAAGCUCGUCACAGUGCUUUCGCCUAUGUUCGAAUCCCUCCGUAACGACCCUGUAGAUUACGAAUUCUUGACCAGGGAACUUACACAAGCUGUCAAGCCACACAUCGCUCAGCUCAUCGACUUGGCUUCGGACAAACGGGAGACUGCUGGCCUCAUUGUGGACAGGAUCCUCCCCCUUCUGCCGUCACUGAAGAAUGUGUCCAUUGACACCGAUGCUAUCACUAUGAAACUUAUCACAGAAGUUCGCCGUGCCAUUGCGCCUAUUGACGCGUUCGAAAUCAAGGAGCAAGUUGCCGACCUCGUUGUCGAACGUCUCGACUCCCGUCUUGCAGUGCGCGAUAAAGCCUUCAACGUCAACAUCGUCACUUCGAAAGUCUCUGAGAGUGUCUCACAAUUACUUGAGUCUCUCAAGGCCGUUCCUUCCUCCGUUGAGCAACUUACGUCUGCACAGAGGGCAGCAGACGAGAGGCAAGAAGAACUUGUUGCCUCUCAAGGACAAAUUCUGGCAUCAGUGGCCGAUAUCCCCCUUAAAAUAGGAUCUCAAUUGGAAGAGUUCACGGCUGCUCAAGAAGUUGUAUUGAAGAAUCUCAGCUUACCCACCUCGCGUCCUGUUGAAACUAAUGCCAACCUUGUCCUCGUCACGAGCAUCGUCGAGGCCCUCGCUGAUGACCAGAAGACACUUGCUGAACAAGGCGCGGAGACUCUUACUCAGAGCAAGGUUCUCCUCGACAAACUCAACACUUUACCAGACACACUUACGGGUGUCGUGGACGGCCUUCAAACCACGUUGACCGAACUAAUUACGUCACGUGACAACUCUAAACGCGAAGCAGAAGAGUUACGCAAGCUUAAUACAGAUUACCAAAUCCAAGUAACCAAGGCACGCGCCUCACACGGCCAAGUCCGAGUGGAGAAGGACGUUAUAAACGAGAAGCUAGCCAUUGUCGAGGGAGACCGCGAUCGCCUGCGCGCUCAGGUCAAGGAGCUGCAGUCCGCUGGUACUGCAAAGGCUACGGAGACUGCUACUUUGGUGGCUCGCAAUGCGGAGCUUGAAGAAGCCCUUGCGAAGGCUCUUGCUCGUUUGCAAUCCACUGAUGUCGUUGCUCAAGCCAACCAAAGCACCAUCGCCGAUCUCGAGAAGGCGAACAGGGAGCUGAGUGCGGAGAAGGAGACCCUCCGAACAAAGGUUACCUCCUUGGAGUUUGAAGUUACUUUCGCCAAGCGUGAAAAGGAUACAGCCACCAAAACCCUGGAAGCCGUUCAGAAGCAACAUGAUCUGCUGGUAUCCCAGCAGAGCAAUUGGGACGUCCUCAGUGCGGCCACGGAGAAGAUUAAUAUGGUCUACCGCCUUUUGGAGAACGCAGAUGAUGAAGAGCAGCAGGAAUUCAGACACCAUCGCGAGCGAAGCAAGGCUUUGGAAAGCGAAAACGCAGCCUUGCAAAAGCGUCUGAAAGAGUUUGAAGCCAAGUUGGCGAACAGCGAGAAGGCUUCGGCGACGGCCCGCCAAACUCUAACACAAGCGCAACAACGUUCAACUGAAUGGGAGCGCCGCACCAAGGAGUACGAGGGCCAACUUGAAUUGGUGCGCACUCAGCUCGAGCAAGCGGAACAAACCCAGUCUCAGCUGGAUGCCGACUAUUCUCUCGUCAAGCUGCAGCUAGAAGAGCGAGAGGCUGAUAGCCGCCUGGUGCAGGACCGAGAGAACAAGCUGCGAGAUCAGAUCACCGCCCUCGAGUCCAAAUGUGUCCUGCUGCAGACAGAGCUCGAAAGGGCGAAUGCCUCUGCGAGAUUGUCUGCGUCGUCGACUGUUCCUUUCCGACCCCAGACGAAUGGCAAGAGUCAUCCCUCACCUCGCCCCGAUUCCCAAACCAGUACAAUCUACGAUAUGCGCACAGAAACGCCCACACGCCGCAUAAGUGCGUAUUCAAGCACGAUGCGAAAUCAGACGUCACCCUUGCCUGACGACGGGCCUUCCGUCCGUGAUUCUAUGCAUGCACCUGUGAACGGUCAGAGCAAGUGGGGUCCCCCAUCCUUGCAUUCCACCUCCAGCCGCUACUCCAGUCGCCAGAACGUGACAUCCACGCCGAAACCACGCUAUGCAGCAUAUAACAGUCAAUAUCGUGCCCCUUCCCCUACGCCUAGUGUCGUCUCUGUUGCACCAACACAAGGCGAAGAUGGCUGGUGGUCAUAA